AUGUCGCAAACCUUUGGACAAAAGCUUAAUUCUCUUCUUCAUAACAAGGUCUUUAUGGGCUGGUUCACCGUCACCUUUGGGGGUAUCGGUAUCUUUGUGGCCUCUAGAACUUAUAUGAAAGGUGUCAAACAAGAUCGAUUUAAUACUUUGGAUGAUACCGAUUAUGUUGCAGGUGCUUAUGAAGGAGCACCAUCUGCUGAAAGAAAGAGCAAGUACGAAGCAGGAGGUCAUAGUAGCAGAGCUACUCGUCAACACGGAGAUAUUCUCCACUAUGGCGGAUUCUUUCGUCAUACACCUGACAAGCCGGCAGCCUCUGAAGAGGCUUCAAAAUAA